AGUUUUUCGCGGACUUUUCACGCAUUCACAGUGCUUUCUUUUAUCGCGAUAGCAGUUCCCACACAUAACUGAAAAAAAAAUCUUUUCUUACAUCUUGAGCCUUUGUAUUCUCCUCAAGUUCUUGGAAUUCUUACUAGAAAUCUUUUCAUAUUGCCAAAAAAACUUCCUUUCUUUCUAAGGAGCAUUUUGGAAAGAAUUCAUUUUAUUGAUAAAUAAAUCGAUCCUGAUUUUCUGUUCUUUGGUAAUUCAAUUAGAAAUUAUCUGGAGGACAAGUUUAGCACUUGAAGAGUUUCUUUAAUCGGAUUUUAUGUUGAGUGAGUGAUAUAUUCAUCAGUUUGCAAAAUGAGUUACAUGCGAUUGGACUCACUUCCUGAUCCGGGAAACCGUUUCGAACUUGGUGAUGUUAUUGGGAAUGGGGUUUGUGCAAAGGUUUAUCGGGCUAUUGAUACCCAAGCUAGUGGGAAAAAUGUGGCUAUCAAGGUGCAAAAUUAUGAGAAAGAAUUGAGGAUUCAUAUUGAGGAAGAAUAUCGGGUUUUACGGGAUUAUGCCAAUCAUCCUAAUUUGCCGCGCUUCUAUGGAGUCUACAAGAAGAAAAUCCUUGGUGAAUCUGAUCAGAUUUGGUUUAUCCUGGAAUUGUGCGAAGGUGGGCCUGUUAAUGAGCUUGUUCGUCGAUUGGAUACAGUAGGAAGGCGUCUUACGGAAGAGCAGAUUGCCUACAUCCUGCGAGAAGUGGCCAAGGCUCUCAAUCAUCUCCAUUCCAAGCAUAUAAUCCAUCGAGAUGUUAGGGGUUCUAACGUUCUUCUAACUCAUGAGGGUGAAGUUAAACUCUGUGACUUUGGACUUGCCAGGGAUAUCAAGACAACCCUUGGCAAGAGGGGAACCAACAUUGGCUCCCCAAACUGGAUGGCUCCGGAAAUGUUCUCCGGGACCAGAACUGACGAUGAAAUUUACGGCAGUCGAUGCGAUGUUUGGGCUUUAGGGAUAACGGCUAUUGAAUUGGGUGAUGGGCAUCCUCCCUUUAAGGAUAUGCAUCCAACUAGGGUGAUGUUCCAGAUUGUCAGAAAUCCUCCUCCAACACUAUAUCGACCGGCCAAUUGGAGUCAGAACUACAAUGAUUUUAUUUGUGAAUGCCUUGAGAAGAAUCCCGAGCAUCGUCCUUUUAUGAUCGAAGUUAUGGAGCAUCCCUUCUUUACAGAACUUCCGGAAAAUGACUAUCAUUUGUCGCAAGAGUUGAAAGUCUUGCUUGAAAAUUUUGAAUCAACGGAUUCCGUCGAGAUUCCCCAAGAAAUUUCCAUCUUCAACAAAUGCCUCAAGAAGUACGGAGCAAAACCUGUGAAGAUGUACGUUGAGGAUCUCUCAGCAAUGGAAAGGAUUACUGAAGAAUCAAUCCUGAAUGAGAUCAACUGUCGUCUGAUUGACGGACAAUCUUAUACUUUCGUUGGGGAUGUCCUUUUGUCCCUGAAUUCUAAUGAUUUACCUGCAGAAUUUCCCGAAAGCUUUCACAGCAAAUACAAGUUUAAACCGCGAUCAGAUAAUGCUCCACACAUCUUUUCUGUUGCUGACAAGGCUUACCAGGAUAUGCUUCACCAUGAAGAUCCCCAGCACAUCAUCCUUGCUGGGGAAUCCUUCUCAGGGAAGACCACGAACUGCAAAUUGGCUCUGAAGCAUCUGACAUUUCUCGGAGAAGGCAAUCGGGAUGUGACUGAGAAGGUCCUAAAGUCCUCAAGCAUCAUUGAGGCUCUAACUCAUGCAGGAACCCCAACAAAUCCCAAUUCAACGCGAUGCAUCUUGCAAACUCAGCUGAGUUUUGGAUCAACGGGAAAAAUGAGUGGAGCCAUUUACAAUGUCUUCUUGCUGGAGAAGUCCAGAGUGUCAGCAACGGACAUGACUCACAGCAAUUUUCACAUUUUCUACUAUUUCUACGACGGUAUGAGCUCUCGUAACCGUCUGGGAGACUUCAUGCUCGAUUGUGGCAAGAAGCAGCGCUACUUGAGAAUUCCUGAAUCCCCAGGAAAUACCAAAAUUGCCCACAUCCGGGACAAUGCUGAGGGAAAUGUGGAGAAAUUCAAUCAAUUUGAGCAAUAUUUGAGGGAUUUCAAUCUCUCAGACGAUCAGCUUACAUCAAUAUAUUCAAUUCUCUCGGCAAUCCUUCUGCUGGGUGAGGUGCGUUUCCGGGAGGAGGAGGGUGUAGCUGAGCUGGAGAAUCCUGAGAUGGCAGCCAGAGUGGCUCGAUUGCUCAGUGUAGAGGAAAAGAAGUUCCUCUGGGCUCUGCAGAAUUACUGUGUGGUGGAGAAGGGAACGGCAGAAAGGAGAAGGCACACAGGAAAUGAAGCUCGUGAUGCUAGAGAUGUCCUGGCUGGGACUCUCUUCUCGCGCCUCGUGGACUGGAUCGUCAACACUCUCAAUCAUCGCCUAACUAUCUCGCGAGCAAUUUUCGGUGACAUUCACUCAAUCACCCUCCUGGACAUGUUCGGCUUCGAGUGCUUUGCGCGGAAUCGCAUGGAGCAGCUCUUUGUGAAUUGCCUAAAUGAGCAGAUGCAGUAUCACUUCAAUCAGAGGAUGUUUGUCUGGGAAAUGAUUGAGCAGGAGGAGGAGCAGAUUCCCGUGAUAAAUUUUCGUUUCUACGACAACAAAUUGGCAGUAGAUCACGUCAUGGGCAAACCACGUGGACUCAUGAGUCUCCUGGAUGAUGCAUCAAGAUCCAGGCAGACUCAUGAUUUUAUUACCAGCUCCAUCAAUUCACGAGGCAGUCAGUUUAUCAAGAGAGUGACACCUCAUGAGUUCACCGUGGCUCAUUACACUGGAAGAGUUACUUAUGAUGCCAGAGAUUUCCCAACCAAGAACAGAGAUUUCCUUCCACCAGAAGUUGUGGAUACACUGCGCAGCUCUGUGGACACAGUCGUGAAGACUCUCUUCACGAACUCACUCACCAAAUCCGGGAAUCUGACUAUGGCUUUCGAUGAGAGUGAGUUGGGAAACUUUGGAGGAUUGAGGCAGAGCAAGAGAUCCAAAUGGGGAGCUGCUUUGGUCAACGAGAGGCAGAUGAAAACUAAGAAAAUCAACACUCUGUCGCAUGGAGAGUACUCCCAGGUCCAUAAGAUGCGAACCUUGGCGUCAAUCUUCAGGCACACGUGCCUGGAAGUGUUGCGCUCUCUGGCAAUCGCUGCCACCAGUAGUGGGGUCCACUUCGUGCGUUGCAUCCGGGCUGACUUGGAGAAUCGUCCCAGGGCACUUCAGGGUGAGAUGGUGAGGCAGCAGCUGAAGGCAAUGGCCGUGGUUGACACAGCCGUUGCCGGUCAGAAAGGCUUUCCCUACCGCAUCCCCUUCUCCGAGUUCCUCAGGCGCUACAAGUUCCUCGCUUUUGAUUUCAACGAGAAUGUGGAGAUGACACGUGAUAACUGUCGCCUCCUCCUUGUGCGCCUGAAGAUGGAAGGAUGGGCAAUUGGGAAGACUAAAGUCUUCCUCAAGUACUACAAUGUGGAGUAUCUGGCCAGGCUGUAUGAGACGCAGGUGAAGAAGAUCAUAAAGGUUCAAGCAAUGAUGAGGGCAUUUCUGGCUAAACGGAAUAUGGCUGGAAAAUUGAAAAAGUUGCAACAUGAUUCAAUGAUGCCAUGUCAGCAGCCAGAUGUGGAGAAAGCUGCUCUUUUCAUCCAGAAAGCCUAUCGAGGGUACAUCGUGAGGAAGAAGUAUGGUCCGCUGAUCUGUGCCAAAACGGGCAAAAUUGACGAGGCAACAGCUGAAUUUUUAAAGGACUUUGCACGUCGUUGGCGUUCUAAAACGGUCUAUCAGGUUCUGCUGCACUAUCGUGCUGCCCGAUUCCAGGAUCUUGUGAAUUUCUCCCAGCAGGUGCACAUCUACAAUCAACGUCACGUGGCCGGUGUGACCCUGUGCUCUGGCUGUGUCUUGCUGGAACGUGUGGAUCCCAGAGAGACUCCUGCAAAUCUCCUUGGUGUCCAGAAGCCCGCUGUGUGGAAGUUGCCAUUCCGUCUGGACGAUAUUCCCUACUUCGACACAUCCUUCAUGUGUCAUCCGGGUGAACAAAUGGCCCCACUUUCCGCGGACUCGGAUGAUGAAGCAUGGGACGCACCAAUGAAGCGUCGCAUCAAUUUAUCAGCUGAAAUAGCUUCUGCCACCCACAGUGCCUUCGUGGAUUCCUUCGACACCACCACCCACACCUCCUACGGCCUCAAGACCCAUUCCAUCCUCAAUGAACCCUUCUGCCGAGACUUUACGACGACCCCUCUCAAGAGGCGCGCCCCACAGCCUCCGGCAUCUUCUGGCAAUGCGACUAGGGACAAUCCAUCAGGUCGAUCAACGACACCCUACGAACGCGUAAGUGUGGGAGAAAUGCUGGGAAAAUUCGAUGAUAGUGUCUCAUUGAGUGGGAGGAGUAUGGUGUACAAGAAACGCCAAGCUCCUCAGCCCCCAGCCUUUGAGAAUGGACAUUCACCCCAAAGGAUUGUUCCUGUCAGGAGAUCAGAUUCAGGGGCGUCGGAUUUAGAACAGAGACGCGCUCCAGAUGAAUACUCAUUGAGGAAGAUUGAUCCUGUGCGUGAGAUGAAGAGGAUUGCUCAGAGAAACAACAGUGAAGAUGACACCGAUGAGCCACCAUUCAACUUCCAAGGAAUGUUGAGGAAGACAACUUACAAUCGCGCCUCAAUGAAACGUUCCACUGACAAUAGGAUGUCUCUUCCUGGUGAGGAGUACAUUCAGUCCAAUGGAAACAUCUCUCCUGUGGACAAUGUGGUCUUCGAGAGCCGUGUCCUGACUCGUCCAAAGUCCUGCCAGGGCAUCGUGGAUGAUAAUCUCAAUGAAAGUCUCAGCCCGACAUCGAGCUUGCGCCUAAGGAAACUCUCCCUGCAGCAGGAUAAUCUCCUGACCAUGGAUGACAUCAAUGAGAACCAUUUGCCGACCUUAGAGACCCUUGGAGAGUACAUUUGCGAAGAAAUAGCUCCUGGUAUCAUCCUCGAAGGAUAUGCCGAUGAAGUUUGAACAAAAUCAUGCUUAAUAGCUGUGAUUCUUUCAAUUAAAAAUAAUACCGAUGGGCAAUUCAAUUACCUUGAAGGAAAAUCUGGUUAAACCGAACGUGUCUUUCUGAUUCAAAUAUGACUUACUGUAUCUAUCAAUUAAACGGAGGCUGCCAAACUCCGGAAGGCUAAAAUCCCAAAAGCCAAAAUCCCGAACGCCAAAAUCCCGAAAGGAUCAAAAUCCCGAAAGCUAAAAUCUCGAAUGAUCAAAAUCCUGAAAGAAAUGAAACUACUAUAUGCCCCAGCAAGUACGAGGGCAAUCGUGGAAGUAGCUGUGACACUUUUAAGAACUCGAGAUUUUGGCUUUCGGGAUUUUGACCGGGACCCCAGUUUUCAAAUUUUACUGACUGGAUUGGAUCGAAUUGGUUUUGUUUACUGAAAAAACUUGAUACUGCUCAGGAAAAUGGCUUUGUGAUCAGUGUGAACAGUUCGAUGAAAAUUAAGAUUCAAAGCUUUGUCAGAAAGGAUUUGAGUAAGAUAUGAAGACAUACAAAUCUGAUUUAAUUGGUUUUGUAUACUGAAAAAAUUGAUAAAGCCAUUUUCUUGAGCAGUAUCAAUUUUUUUUCAGUAAACGAAACCAAUUCGAUCCAAUUCAGUUAGUAAAAUUUGAAAAUUGAAACACUAGAAAAUACUCAGUCAAUGAAAAAUCGAUUUUGAUUCAAAGAAAACAAUGUUAAUCAAUAAAAAAUGAUCUUGGGUAGCGAAAAUUCAAUUUUAAUCAAUAAAAAAUCGAUUUUGAUCAAUACAGAACCAAUUUUAAGCAACUGAGACUCAACUUUGAUCAAUGAAAAAUUCGAUUUCGGCUAAUAAUGCUUCUGGCACACUUUUUAGCUUGGUAUAAUUCCACGAAAUUAAAUUUCGCGACCCUUUCUUUCUCAAAAGAUUCACAUAAAUAUUUCCCACUCUUUCGGUCUCAAAAUUCGACUGAUCUAAAUUUAAUUCCGUGUGAUAUUAAAAAGAAGAAGAAGAGUGCGAAAGAGUAGGAUAGACAUAUAUAAAGCUUUAAAAAAAAAUUAAUUUGAAUUUUGAGUUUAUGAAAUUUUGUUGAUCUAAAACUAAAAGUUGUGUCGAAAUAAAAAAUCAAUUUUGAUUAAUAAAAUUUCAAUUUUGAGCAGCUAAUAUUCCUAAAAUUCAAAUUUGAGCAGUUAAAAAACUAAUUUUGAUCAAUGAAGAAUUCCAUUUUGGUCAAUAAUAGCUCGGGCACAUCUUCUAUAUCAGAAAAAUUCCAUGAAAUUGAAAUUAGAUUUCCUCUCUUUCUCACACGUUUUGCAUACGUCUAUCUCACUCUUUUGCACUCUUCUUCUUUUAAAUAUCACAACAAAUUCAAUUUAGCUCAAUUGAAUUUGGAGUGCGAAAGAAUGAGAUAGACAUAAUGCAAAACAUUUGAGAAGGAAAGGGACGUAAAUUUUGAUCUCAUGAAAUUUUCCUGAUUUAAAAGGUGUAUCGGAGACAUAAAAGAACAAUUUUAAAUAUUAAAAAAUAGAAUUUUUUAUCAGUAAAACGAUCAGUUUUGAGGAACUAUAAAAAUCAAUUUUGACUAAUAAAAAAUUAAUUUUGGUCGAUUAAAGGCAAUUUUGAUCAAUAAAAAGAUUAAUUUUAGCAGUUGAGAAUCAAUUUUGAUGAAUGAAAAAUUUUAUUUUGGUCAAUAAAAAGCCAUUUUUUCAAUAGAAAACAAAUUUGAUUAUUUUCAUCAAUAAAAUGAUUAUUUUAGGCAAAUAAAAUUCAAAUUUCGAUCAAUAAAAAAUCAAUUUUGGUCAAUUAAUAAUUAAAAACAGUUUUAAUCAAUAAAAAAUACAACUUUGAUCAAUAAAAAAUAUUUUUGGGCAGUUGAAAAUCAAUUUUAGACGAAUAAAAAAUUCUAUUUUGUUCAAUUAAAAAAAAACUAUUUCGAUUAAUAGAAUGAAUAAUUUUUGGCAGUUAAAAAAUCAAUUUUGAUUAAUUAAAAAUUCGAUUUUGGACAAUAAAAUGAAACAAUCUCGGUUGAUUAAAAAAAAAGAAUUAUGAUGAAUAAAAAAAAAUUUUGAACAAAUAAUACUCAAAUUUUACCAAUAAAAUAUAAAUUUUGGUCAAUUUAUAAUUCAAUUUCGGUUAAUAGAAAGAAAUAUAAUUUUCAUCAACAAAAACAUCAAUUUUGAUCACUAAAAAGAUAAAUUUUGGACCCUGAAAAAUCAAUUUUGAUCACCAAAGAGUUCGAUUUUGAUUAGGAAUGGCUUCGGCAUACCUUUUAGAUCAGGAAAAUUUAAUAAAGUCGAAAUUCACAUCCUUUUCGUUCUCAAAGGUUCUUGAUAUGUCGAUCCUACUCUUUUGCACUCUUCUUCUUCUUCUUCUUUUGAUCAUUACAACAAAUUAAAUUUAGUUGAUUCCAAUUUUCAAUUCGAAAAAGUGGGUUAGACUUAGACAAACCUUAUAAGAAAGACAGGGACGUGAAUUUUGAUUUCGUACAAUUUUACCGAGAUGAAAUAGAAUGAUCAAUUUUGCGCAGUUAAAAAUCAAUUUUGAUCAAUAAAAAAACUAUUUUGAUUAAUAAAGGGAUAAAUUUUGGGCAGUUAGCAACAAAUGUUGUUCAAUGAACAGUUCAAUUUUGAUUAAUGAUGGCUCUGGCACACCUUUUAGCUCGGUAUAAUUUCAUAAAAUCAAAAUUCGGGUCCUGUUUUCUCUCAAAAGAUUUAUAUAAGUCUAUCCCACUCAUUCGAUCCGAAAUUCGACUGAACUAAAUUUAAUAUGGUCUAAUUUUUAAAAGAAGAAGAAGAGUGCGAAGGAGUAGGAUAGACAUAUGCAAAGUUUUAAAGAAAGAAAAGGGAUGUGAAUUUCGACUUCAUGUUUUUUCCCGAUCUAAAAGGUGUACCGGAGCUAUAAGAAACAAAUUUUAAUCAAUAUAGAAAAGAUCAAUUUUGGUCAUUUCAAAACUUAAUUUUGACCAAUGUUGAUCAAUAGACAGUCGGUUUUUGGUUAGUAAAAAAAUUAAAUUUCACUCAGAACAGUUCAGUAAAACUUAAAAAUUUAAUACUUAUUAAGUUUAUUACAUCAAGUUUUUUUUUAUUUAUGAUAUUACAGAUCUUUUGGCGAACAUCAUUAUUUAAAGUAUUAAAUACUGAAUAAUUUCUUACCUCAAGAAUUUUUUAAGGAGUUAUGGAAUAAUAAACAAAUGAAACUCUUAGUAACGAGCAGUGAAAAGUAAAUAGCAUGAAUAAGCCUUAAGACUAAGUGCAUAAUUAAGGCCUUAUUUUAUGUAAUUGGCUAAAGCUCUUUAACAAUGCUUAUAAUUACGCCAUUGAUUGUACCACGUCUAACUUAUCUGGCGUACGAGAAUAAGUAAUUACUAAAUCGGAUAUUAGGGUAACGUGUGGUAUUUCCGGACAAGGUGCUUUUCGGGACAUAGUAUGGGUAUUUUGGGACACAUAAAAAUCCUAUAAAUAUUUGUUUCCUAAUUAUUUUUUAAGUUCUAUAUGAAAUAUAAUAUUAUAUUGUUUACGUAUCAGAUAAAUAUAAAACUUCUGAAAUUUUAUUUAAUUUAAAGUGUGAAAUACGCGUGAAUUUUGAGUGUCACAUUUCAUUUUUUACAAAACCUUCAGUGGUCAAUUUUGCAGAUGUCAAUACAAAUCGUGCUUAGUUUUUUUCGAUUUAAGUCACUUUAUAAGCGAAAUUUAAACAAAAUUUUUAUGAAAGUGUGGAGUUUAGAACUUCUACUUAAAGGCAAAUAUUCAGGCACGGUGAAAUUUAUUUGCAUGAUAGCGACUUUUGUCUGUCCCAAAAUACCCAACUGUCCCGAAAUAUACCACUCUUACUUCUUUACAUUUUUUGCUUUUUUGUAUAAAAAAUGAUGUAUUUUUCAACAUUUUUCGAUAAGAAUCUCAUUCUGGAUAGCAUAAGGAACAUAAAUAUUUGUAUCAAUAAAGAAAAAAAUUGAGAAAUCGAUAAACUGUUUGAAACUUGAAAGUGCUAAAAAGUGUCCCGAAAUACCGCACGCUACCCUAUGCUGUAUCAAUAUUGUUAUUGCGUAAACCGUCUCUAAAUCAAUUUUCCUACAAUUCAGGCCAAUUUUAUGUCACAAAUAAAUAUUUCCUCAUAAACAUUUCAAUGCGAUAUCUCUCAAAUUAACUAUAUUUCAAGCGAAUUUUCAAUGAAAGAAUCAUGGCUUUUAUGCAUAAGUUUGAACAAACUUAUCAUUAGCUGUAUCUAUGAAAAUCAAUCUCAUAUUAUUUAUGCUCGCACGAGUUUUAGUUUUCCGCAUCAGAAACACACACACAGAGAAUAAAUUAUGAUUUAUGCGAA